AUGGCGGCCCAAUCCUACCAAGGAGCGUUGCUCUUCAUCAAUUUCGAUGCGGAUAACUUGGAUCCUCUGGCGCACAGGCACAAUAUCCUGAGCCAUGUUCAAAAGCGAUACCAACCCUGGAAGCGGCGAGAGAGAUCUGAAGCUCUCUUUGCCUCUAUCAAGUCGACUCGGUCUAGAAUCCGCUUCGCGACCAGACAAGAUGAAAAGGCUCAGUCUCGAACACCAUUUAGAACGUCAUCGCCCAUCACACUAAUCGCCAAGGGCAACUCAGAUCCUUUCGCAGUCUAUCCCAUAGACAUAGGUCCAGAAGAAAAUGACUUGAUCAUCCUAUACCGAGACCACAUGAUUCCUUCGCUAUACAGCACAGAGCUGGGGCAGAAGCACCUGAAGGACAUUGCAUCGCAAGACUGGAAGGACGCCGUGGGGGCUCUGGAAGACACGGGAACCGCUUUUGGUGCCUUGGCGCGCUACGGCUCGAUCGCAGGCAAAUGCAAUCCCAGAUUAAAACACCUGGCGUACAAAUAUCAUGUCAAAAGCCUCGAGAAUCUCAGAACGAAAAUCUCCCGAGGCCAUGACUUGCAGAACAGCACGGACUGCAUGCACGUCAGCAUGCUCUUUGCAGUAGGAACCGCAUUGGGGAAUUUAUCUGAGGCCAUCACUCACGGCAGAAUCCUACUGCAGAUCCUGCAGAAGCAGUGGCAGGAGCGGAGGUACGACUACAAGUUGUUGAUCUACCAAGUCGUCAUCGAUUUUCAUCUCAGCUCCAUGUUUGUAAAGCGGAUGAUCUUCGACGAUGGGGAAUGGUUGGAAGAAAUAUCACGACAAGUAUCGGAUGCGGCGGCACCCUAUGCUCCGGUGUAUCCCAGGAAAGACUGGGACCCAUGCAUACCCGACGAAUGGCUCCGCGCUUCCUUCGAAGCGGAGCAACAGCGCUUCUACUUUAUAGCCUCUCCGCCCGAAAUUACUGACGCUACCUCACAUUUGGGACUCGUCUUCCUGUCGCAUAUGAUUCAAGCCGUGCUCUUUCACAGCCGCAUGAUUGAUCACUAUCUGAAGAUUGCAGAUCAACUGAGAAACUCCAGACUGAGCGAUGCGGAAGCGGAGCAACUUGUAACGCAGCAAUACCUUGCACUUGCAGCAGCCCAAUUGCGUAGACAUGUCGGCAUGACUCCCAAAAUCUUUGGUGUUUACAUUUAUGACAGCAGUCGUCUGCUCAUGGCUUUGAAGAAUGCUCUGCAAGCCGGUGACGUUGUGUCCCGACGGAUUUCAUCCACAAAAUACAGAAACGCGAAAUUGUGGGCAUUAUGCAUUGGCGCCCUCGCAGAGACUGCUGCUGGAUCAACCAACAAGAAUCCUUCGGGACAUUGGUUCAACAAAUCGCUGGCGAAUACGGCUGUCGCGAUGGAAAUCUGCUCAUGGGACAAAUUGCAGCCUAUCUUGGAAGGAUUCCUCUACUACGACGGACCAUUCUACAUAAAGAGACCUGCAUGUUUUGAAGACGGACAUCUUCGGUCAAGAUCCCCAGUAGAACUAGCCGCCAAAUAG